AUGGCAGGCAGAUCCGAUGAUCUUGACAUGAGACCUGUCCCAGGCACCGUCCAUCUGGUGGACCUGGACCACAGCAUGCACACGCGCCAUGCUGAAGAUGGAGACAUCAUCCUGGAUCCAGCACCCUCGAGCGACCCAGAUGACCCGCUCAAUUGGUCUCCACGCCGCAAACUCAUGUCCACUAUAUGUACCAAUCUAUAUACUUGGAUGACUGGUAUUGCAGUAUCAACAGUGUAUUCUGUAUUAGUGCCACUUUCACAGGCUUCUGGGGUUUCUGUUUCAACGCUGAAUGAAGGCACUGGAUAUAUGUUCUUGUUUCUUGGAUGGGGACUCCUCUUCUGGCAACCGUUUGCUCUGCGGUAUGGGAAGAGACUGACUUUUUUGAUAUCUGUUCUUGGAGCCAUCGGUACCAGCAUCUGGAGCGCUUAUGUCAAGAGCAAUGGCGAAUGGAUAGCCCGAUGUAUCGUAACAGGCUUCUUCGUCGCCCCCGUAGAAGCACUCCCCGAGAUCUCAGUAACCGACGUAUACUUCACUCACCAACGUGGACUCUACAUGGGCUUCUACGCUUUCUCACUCGCAGGAAGCAACUACUUCGCCCCCAUCAUAAGCGGCUUCAUCUCCGAAGGCCAGGGCUGGCGAUGGGUUUUCUACUGGCCCGCCAUCUUCCUCGGCUGUACCCUCAUAUUCCUCUUUCUCUUCUUGGAAGAAACAAACUACGUCCGGAAACUCGACGGCAUACCUAUCCAAACACCCAACUCACAACCUCCCCAAACCGGUAUACUACCCGACGAAGAAAAGGUCAAAGCAGCGACUGGACAAACGGCCGCAAGCGACGAAAUCCAAACAUCUACAAAGACGUUCUUCCAGAAACUCUCCCUUUGGCAGCCCACCCCCGGCACAAACAUCUUCGAGCGCGCAAAACGCAGUCUAAUGUACCUCACCUGGCCCGUGAUUUUCUACUCGGGCUUCAGCUACGGAUCCUACCUCAUCUGGUUCAACGUCCUCAACGCUACGACAUCCAUUAUCCUCGGAGGCCCAGGUUACAACUUCAAGCCCUCGAUGGUCGGUCUCAGCUACGUUUCGUGCUGUAUCGGGGUCGUAGUUGGCGCCCUUUUUUCCGGCCGAUUCAGCGAUUGGCUGACUAUCAAGCUCGCGCGCAAGAACAACGGUGUCAUGGAAGCGGAGUACCGGCUCUGGCCUUUUGCGCUGUGUUUGGUUAUGGUGCCUGCUUCCCUUAUUCUGUGGGGUGUGGGAGCUGCACAUGGGGUACAUUGGUUUGGACUUGUGUUUGCCAUGGGAUGUCUGGCUUUCACGUCGGCGGUUGGAGUUACGCUCAGUGUUAACUAUAUGGUUGAUAGUUAUCAUGAUAUCAGCGGAGAUGCUAUUGUUACGGUAAUCUUGAUUCGGAACACGAUGUCGUUUGCGAUUAGUUAUGGUAUCACACCGUGGUUGAGAAACCUCGGAUACCAAAAUUGCUUCAUUUCUGCUGCCUUUAUCGGAAUGGCUGCUUCGUCGAUGUUCCUGGUCAUGAUAAAAUAUGGCAAAGGUAUCCGAGUUCGGAGUUGCAGUAAAUACUACACCAUUGUUAAGGCUGAAAGGACCUCGUUGUGAGUGGUGUACUGUCACGGCAACACAGCAAUGUUUAGAGGAAUUGCCAGUAAGAAAAUUCAAAGACUUAAAAGUAUAUU